UCAACUAUUUUCUUAGGAUAAAUUCUCAAACAUGAAAUUGUUGGGGGAAAUGAUAUACACACUUCAAAAACUUUUGAUACACACUUCAAAUUGCUAUAAUAAGGGUUAUAUGAUUUACAUGCCCAUCAGAAAAAUAUGAGAGUGCCUGCCUGCUUUUUGACAUUCAAUAGGAGGGAAUUUUAAAAAGUAGAACAAUAGCUUUUGGUCACCAUCUAGAUAUAAAGAAGAGAGGACAGAUAAGGAAUACUCCUGGGUUUGGGGCUCUGGCAACUGGAGGAGAGUUCUAUCAACUGAGAUUUGGAAUUGCAGAUUAAAAAGAGAUUCAGAGUUCAUUUUGGGACAAAAAUAUUCAAGCACUUCCAAGAGAUAUCUGGGCCUGACUCAGACUAUGCAGCGCCACAUGGAUCCUGAAGCCCUGCAGAAGAUGGUCAAAUGUGCUGUGCAGGACUAUAGCUAUAAGAGUUCCAUAGCAGGCCACCCCUACUUUCCUGAGAAAUACUGGCUCUGUCAAGAGGAAGUAGACAAAUGCAACCCAUACUACCUAUGUGGUGACCGGUAUAACACAUGGAGGAUGGGACCUUACAACUGUACCAGCUGGAACAAAUAUACCACAUGCCUUCCCCAGCUACCUAAGGAGGCUGGAAUGGAGACAGCUGUUCGAGGAAUGCCCUUGCAGUGCCCUCCUAAGCCGGAACGACUCAAUGCCUACGAGCGUGAGGUGGUGGUGAAUAUGUUGAACUCGCUGUCACGGAACCAGCGGCUGCCGCAGAUCACUCGCCGAUGCGGGUGCGUGGACCCGCUGCCGGGCCGCCUGCCCUUCCAAGGUUAUGAAAGCUCUUGCUCAGGCCGCCACUACUGUCUACGCGGAAUGGACUACUACGUGACCGGAGCACCCUGCACGGAACGCCGCCACCGGCCUUUGUGCGCAGAGCAGCCGACUGUAAGGGGUGUAUCGCCCUGCGAGCACCGGCCCGGAAUGCAAUGUGCUGUUAUAACUCCCCCGCCGUCAUACUACCCUUGUCCGAACCUUAGAUGGGACACAAGUCACUUCAAGAAGACCGGUGGCCCCCAAAGAAACAACUAUGUCAUCCACCCUGAGUUUGUGUCUGAAACCUAUCCUGAUUGCCACUGCUGGUAGAGCCCAGGCUGGUGGGGACAAGGGGGCUGAGCAGUAAAUAAACUCUUCACCCCA